UGUAGUUCAGUUCCAGUCUAGAACAGCUUCAGGAACACAGCAAUUUUGAGUUCUUUGCUCUUGACUGUGAAAACUGAACAAUGAUUUCUUCAAGAGGGUCUUUGUUUAGUGCUGUGCUCUCACCGAUGGAUCCCAACACAGCUCCUGAAAAUAAUCUUGACCUCAAAUGGAGGCAAGUCCUUCCACCUGGAGCAGGCCUGGAGAGGAGGGGCAACAGCAGCUCUGUGAGAGUUGUUCUCCAGUGUCUCACACACAUUGCUCCUCUUGCCAACUAUAUGCUUUCUGAGGAGCAUUCCAGAACAUGUCAACAGUCUGGCGUGUGUAUGAUGUGUGUUCUGGGGAAACAUACGAUUAGUGCUUUUAAGCACUCAGGCCAGAUUAUUCAGCCUGUUGGUGUGACCAGUCUACUUAGCCGGUUAUUUCCGGAUUUUAAACCUGGACUGCCUGAAAGCAGCAUUGGGUUUUAUAAGGCUGUGGUGGAAGCACUGCAUCAGAGCGACCUGAACGGACGAAAACGGAAUGGACAAACCACUGAGGACUCUCUGGUCAAGCAGAUAUUUGAAGGCACCGUACAACAUGCAUUGACAUGCCCGGCUUGUGGUGAACUUCACCUUGUGUUUACGCCGUUCAGAGAGCUUAUUGUCGGUACAGAGGCUCCUGGCAAUGUAACCAGGGACCUUACAUGGUACAUGAUGGUUGAACAGCUCGGUUUUACAUUGCAAUUCAAUUGCCGGAGGUGUAAGAGAUCUGGUCACUCCCACUACAAAACAACAUUCCUUCACCUCCCCAAUGUGCUGGUUAUCAACGCCAAACCCCGCGAUGAGGAAGUGACCGCAAAAACUGUAAAGCCUAUGAGGUACCCAGAGGAUCUAGACAUGAGGCCAUUUAUGUCUCAGCCUAGUGCUAAAACAGAGAUGUACCAGCUUUACGGAGUGACUGUUCUAGAGAACUACAAAAAAGACCGGAGCCACAGCUACUGCUACGUCAAGGGCAGCGAUGAGCAGUGGUACAUUAUGGAUGAUGACAAAGUGUCUCUGAGUAACAGAAGAUCUGCACUGGAACAAAAGGCUUCAUUGCUGUUCUACGUCAGGUCUUCUUAGAACCUGCCAUCAUAUCAGCUUUUUCAACACCAACAGAACCCCACUAAUGGGCUGUAUAUUGCUGUGAGAUAAUAUAAAUGUACAUGUAUACCUGCA